GACAUUCCAGGCCGGUGGGAGAUACAAUCCAGCCUCCCCCACGGCUUCCUGAUUGUUUUGGGAAGAUUGCUAAGCUCCCGUCCCAUAUGCAAAGGCCGCCGGAGGAGGAAGUGGCCAGGACACGCAUCUGCCUAAGAUUGUUGAUUAACUCGGGAGUCUUACACCGCAGGCCAACCUCCUAUGUGCACUUCCCUGCGAGAACAGGAUGUUCUGAGUUCUGAGUUUCUAGCCAGCCAAUGAUGACCCACAUGGAGAGGAAGUAAUGUGGUAUCUGCAGUGGGGCUUGAACAUUUUGUUCCGAAGGUCCUUGUUCUCUUCCUCCUGUGGGAAUCUCCGUGAGCCACAUGGCUAACCUGCACUUGAAAACGAUGAUGUGGAUUUUUUUCCUGCCGAUUUUUGAGCCUCGUCUCUUUCUUAAAACAGAAACGGAGCCCACAGGAGCCCUGAAACUCCAAGUAACUGAGAGGGGGCUGGCCUAUGUGAAGGACGUGGCGUUGGAGACGCUUCUGUCACAACUCAGGGAGGAGAAAAUCCAGGAUCAAAGCAACAGUUACAACGAGCCCCUGUUGGGAGAAGUCUCUUUGUCCUUCUCAAACAUCAAAAUCAAACAAGUUGAGGUGAAGGACUCAGAGGCUGAGUUUGCCGAGGAAACAGGGAUUCGACUGAUCAUCCGGAACGCUCAAGUUGUGCUCAGCACCAAUUGGAAGAACAAAUAUUGGUUUGGACAGGAUGAUGGCAUGGUCCAGAUCAACAUCAAUGGACUGUCCCUCACGGCCCUCUUUGGACUGGACGUGGAUGAUGGGGGACGAGCCCUGGUGCAGUACAUCGGCUGCGUCUCCAACAUUCCCGACGUUGACUUUUUGGGGCCAAAAAGACAGCUCUACACUUGGAUCUCCCAAAGUCUCAAGAUGACCCUGAUCACCGACAUCAAUCAACAAGUGUGCCCAGAAUUCAAGAAAUACGUGGAUCGUUUUUCACAGUAUUUGAGAAACAGAGAGCUUUGGGCCCAGAUAGACUCCGUAGCAGCGUUUGACUUCUCCUUGGUGAGCAAACCAGAGAUCACAGACGAUUACGGAAAUCUGGAUUUCAAGGGGGAGUUCUUCUCGGUGCAGGAGCGUGAAAGAAGCCCCCUCAGGCCGACCCCCAUCCUCCUACCUGACGGGUCCCACUCCAUGUUUGUCAUCGGGGUCUCCGAUUUUCUGGUCAACUCAGCGGCCUUUGUGUACUUCACGGGAAAUAUGUUCCGGGUGAAAUACACCGACAAGACGAUACCCAAAGAGGUCCCGUUUCGCUUGAACACCCAAAACGUUGGAUCAUUUUUUCCCGAGCUGAAGAGGCAGUUUCCGGAGAGCCCCAUGGAGCUGCACCUGGAAGCGCGGAAGGAGCCGAAGCUGCACUUCCACCCCGAGGGCCUGGAUGUCAGCAUCCUGGGCCGGGCGGAGGCCUUUGUGGUCCUGCCCGACAGCAGCCUGGUGCCCGUCUUCACCCUCAGCGUGGACUGCGACCUCACCGGGCAGAUCUCCCUGGAAGCCGUCCGUUCGGGCGAUUCCUUGGCCAAGGUGGGGGGCUCGUUGGCCCUGAAAGAUUUGCGCUUGUCUCAGGAGUGGUCCAGGAUCGGUGAGAUCAAGCUGUUCUCUCUGGAGACUCUCCUGAAGCUGGCUGGGCAUGUGGCCUUAGCAGGGCUGAACAGUGAGUCCGGACCCACCUCCCCAUUUUCCCAAGGGGUGCACCCCUCCCUUUGGCUGGAGCUGGGAGCCCCGGCUUCUUGGAGGCCGUUUUUCUCCCUUAGGACCAUCCUUCCUCUUUUCUUAGGGAAGCUCCGAGCAGGAAAGCUGCUUCCCAACAUCUACGGGGCCAGCCUGGUGGACCCUGAAGUCUCCAUGCAUGAGGGAUACAUGCUGAUAAAAACAGACCUGCAGCUUCCUCUUCCCCUGCAGCUUCCUCUUCCAAAUCCGGUUCUGUGGGUCGCGGGACGAGCAGACAGAGUCGAAGAAGGAGGGAGCAAAAAACGGGAAAUCCCCCCGUCCCCUGCUUGAGCUGCAGCAGCCGCAGAGACCCUGAAAUCUUGGGGGCCGUUUGGGACAUAAAACACUAAAAUUAUCUCCACCCCCCCCACGCCCCCCAUCUUCUUCUGUUCAACCACA